GUUUUGUUAUGAAUGUUUUUGUGUGUGUUUUUCUUUUUCCAAUCUCAGUAGCCGCAGUCUUGACCCGUCGGUACCGCAUCGGAUGUAGUGAAUUAGUUCCGCGUAGCGAAAACACAAACCUGCUGUGCCCUGUGCAUUCAUGGAAAGUGUAUUGCCGCGGGCCCCGGGGCACGCGGGAAGUUGCGUACAAUUAUUUUUAGAAACCAUAUGAAUCUGUGAUGUAGCGGCCGUUCGGCAUACCUUGUGGAUACCCUUCUUCCUUUCCUAGAAAACGUGUAUUUUUCCCAGCGACUGAACUGCUACUGUACGGUUUAGCCAAGCAUGACGCUACCACCUCAACAACCCGUACCUACCGAACCGUACCGAGUGGUUCCAAUCCAUAAGCACCGGGAGCUGAUGGAUCAAUGCAUUGCGCUGAUUAACGCCGAAUGGCCCCGUUCGUACUCGGCCCGGCUCUGGAGUUUGGAGUCGUCGAAGGAAACGCUACCGACCAGUUUUGUACUGACGACGGGCAUGAAAGAUGAAACCAUCGUACUGGCACACGCGAAACUAUCUCCCAUCCCGGCGGAUCGGGAUGCCGUGUUUGUGGAAAGCGUAGUUGUAGCGCGCGAACGUCGCGGCCAAGGCAUCGGACGGCUCCUGAUGCAGGAGGUGGAGCGGCAUUGUUUCGACAAAUUGCACCUGAAGAAAAUUUACCUUUCCACCAUCGACCAGCAAGCAUUUUACGCCAAGCUCGGGUACAAGCUAUGCAGUGCAAUUAACAUAUUCGGGUCCCGUCCCACGCUCAACAAGAGCACCAAGAAAAUUUGGAUGUUCAAGAGCGCGGACGGUUGUUAGGCGGGGGUCAAACGGAACAACGGGUAUUCGGAACCAUAUGUAUUUAGUGUCUUCUUCGUCCGGUUGAUUAUUGUUAGCUUGCGGAAGGUUUGUUGUGUAUCGUUACAGCUCCAUAGGUCAUAAAAAGCGCAAAUGUUAUUUAUUGUAGAUAAGCUAAAGUAAUAGAAAUGCGAAUUUUAUGAAUAAAUGUAGCACAUGCACCCACACACGCACUCCUCGUGGCUGGCGGUUGGGCGUGUAGAAUUUUGGCGCUGAACAAAA